CACGUUGCUCCCUAUCACAGAGUCAUUUCUCUUCUAAGGUCAUCCAAAACGAUGUCGUUUUCUCGCAUACUCCGCCGCGCUUUCUCCACCUCCGUCGAAUCCAACUCCAGGCCUAACAUGAAAUCCAUUGCCCGUGAUCUCUACGAGGAGCACAGCCUCAAACGCCUCGUCCAGAAGUUCAAGAAGUUCUCCGAGCUCGAACGGUUCCGCACCAAAACUGGGAUAUACAAAAACACUGUCCACCGGCUCGCUUCGGCAAAAUGUUACAACUGGAUCGAAGAGAUCCUCGAAGAUCAAAAGAAUUACAAGGAUAUCUCCAAAGAAGGCUUCUCAGUUCGACUCAUGCAUCUAUAUGGAAGAGCGGGCAUGUUCGAGCAUGCUCAGAAAGUGUUCGAUGAAAUGCCUGACCGGAACUGCGAGCGCACGGGGUUAUCGCUUGGUGCUCUCUUGGGGGCGUGUGUAAGCUCGAAGAAGUUUGGCUUGGUUGGUGAGCUUUUUGAGGAGUUGCCGAAGAAGUUGUCCAUUGAACCGGAUUUGGUUUCGUAUAAUACGGUUAUUAAGGCAUUUUGCGAGAUGGGUUCGUUUGAUUCCGCAGUUUCCGUGCUUGAAAAGAUGGAGAAGAAGGGCGUGGAGCCAAAUUUGAUUACAUUCAACACCCUUUUGAAUGGGUUAUAUAGGAAGGGUAAGUUUCCUGAUGGUGAAAAGAUAUGGGAGCGAAUGGAGAAGAAGAAUGUGGUUCCUGAUGUUAUGAGUUACAAUGCAAAGUUGCGUGGAUUGGCGUUGGAGAAGAAAAGCAAAGAGUCGGUUCAGUUAUUUGAAGAAAUGAAGAGCAAGGGAGUCAAACCAGACACGCUCAGCUUCAAUGCCGUGAUUAAGGGAUAUAUGAAUGAAGGGAACUUGGAGGAAGUUAAGCGUUGGUACAAUGAGAUAGAGAAGAGCGCGCUUGCCCCGGAUAGAAAGACUUUCGAGAUGCUUAUUCCCUUUGUUUGUGAGAAGGGUGAGGUGGAGCUUGCCUUUGAGCUGUGCAAGGAAAUCUUCGAAAGGAAGUUCCUUGUUGAUGUUUCGUUAUUGCAGCUUGUGGUGGAUGGACUGGUUAAGGAGUCUAAAAUGGAGGAAGCAAAGAAGCUUGAGCAGCUGGGGAAGUUCAAUAAGUACCGUCGUUAUAGUCUGAAACUGCCCUCAGAUGAGUAGUCCAAUCCAUCCUUUUUUUUUUUUUUUUUUGGAACUCUUUUUCGUGGGUUAUGAUUUUAUAAUGUAGUGUUUUUUUUUGGCCUUAACCUGCAUUUUGUUGUUGUUUGUCUGUGAGAAACCUUGAAAGAUUUGAUCCUUGUCCAGAUAGCAUCAUACUUAUGGAUACGAAUGAGUUUAUUGAUGGUCCAUUUAGAAUGGCGAUGAGGCUAUUAUUUGAU